AUGGUCUCCCCUCCAAAACCUUGGGAGCGCAACGGCGCGGUCGCAGCAGCGACGGCGAGCUCACCAUCGGCGCCAACAGCAGCAACGGCACCUGCAGCGACGCCUGUCUCACAAACAGCUCCAGCAACGACCAACGCCUCCACUCCAGCAGCAACCACACCCAGUGUCCCUGAGCGACCUGCUGCAUUCUCGGCACCAACGACGACGACGGCUCUGGCUAGCCCUUACUCCAGUGCAUAUGGCGCAUCACCGUACUCACGAUUUGGGGCGUCAGGAUAUGGCGGACUGGGAUCGUACGGCGGGUCCUAUGGUGGACUGGGCUAUGGCGGGCUGGGAUCAUACGGCGGGCUCGGCUCGUACGGCGGGAUGGGCGGAUAUGGUGGUAUGGGCUCGUACGGCGGGCUAGGAUCGUAUGGCGGGAUGUACGGUGGCGGGUACGGCGGUUUCGGGAUGGGAGGCGCGAUGAUGGGGCCCAACGGUGUGCCCAUCGGUCCAGACGGCCAGCCCCUCCCCCCAACGCUCACCCAAACCCUCGAAUCGACGACCCAGCACACCUUUGCGCUCCUGCACUCGAUUGUGCAGACGUUCUCGGGAGUGGCGCAGAUGCUCGAGUCGACGUUUAUGGCGACGCAUUCGUCGUUCUUUGCGAUGGUGGGUGUGAUUGACCAGUUUGGGCAGUUGAGGAAUGCUCUGGGGAGUGUGCUUGGGUUGUUUGGGUUGAUUAGGUGGAUGAAGGAAACGAUUACGGGGAGGAGUAGUGCCGGUGGGAUCAACAGACGCGAGUUUAGCGAUUUCGUGAGCGGCAGGCCGAUACAAGGACCGAACGGUGUUCCUGGGCAACCUCAACCAAAAGCGAGCAAGAAGCCACUGCUUGUGUUCCUCCUCGCCAUCUUCGGUAUUCCUUACGCUAUCACCAAGCUUGUGAAGAUCUUGAACGAACGGGCGCUGGCUCAGCAGCAGGCUGGUCAGCAAGCCCUCCCUGGACAACCGCUACCCCCUCUUGAUCCCUCCCAACUCACCUUUGCGCGCGCCAAGUACCCCUUCACGCCUUCGAAUCCGAACGAACUUGCACUCAAGGAGGACGAGAUUGUGGCUAUUAUGGGCAAGCUCGAUCCCAGGACGGGCAUGGAGGUUGAUCCUAGACUUGAAGUCGAUGGGGAGUGGUGGAAGGGUAGGACGAGAGAAGGGCGAGAAGGGUGGUUCCCCAGGAAAUGGGUCGAAAUCCUUGAGCGAAGACAACCUGCCGAUGCUCCUAAAGCAUGA